GGUAGAUAUACUACAAGCUGACUCCAUGUCUCCCUCUCUCGCUCCAUCUACUGAUAUUGACGGGUCGCCACCCGCCCCACCUUGACACGAUGAUAACAUAUCUUGGCUCACACGACACCACACCCGCCGACCUAGCCCUCGUGCGCACCUUCUCGCCGCGCCUCCGGUCCUCGCGCUACGAGGACAUCCUCGUCGAGCUACAGCACGAGCUCGGGCUCGACAGGCAGAUCACCCCCACGCCCAACCCUGCGCGGGACAAGGCGGUCCUCGACGCCGGCCCGCCACCGGAUGGUGGGCGCGACGCUUGGCUCUGCGUCGUCGGCGCCUUCCUCGUCCUCUUCUGUGUCUUUGGUUUCGUGACCUCUAUGGGCCAGCUGCAGGCAUACUACCUCGAGCACCAGCUCGCAGCCUACUCCAAGCCCACGGUGGCGUGGAUCAGCUCUUGCCAAAGCAUGUUCACCUUCCUUGGCUCGGUGUUCUUCGGACGCCUGUUUGAUGUGCACGGUGCACGCGGCCUGGUGAUCGGCGGAACACUGCUGUCCUUCGGAGCGCUCGUCGGCAUCUCAUUCUGCAAAGAAUACUACCAGUUCCUCCUCGCCCACGCAGCCUUCGGCAUCUCGGGCUCGUUCAUCUACUCGCCCGCCACCGGCAUCGCAGCACACUGGUUCCUUCGGAGACGGAGCACCGCCGUCGGCGUGAUCGUAUGCGGCGCCGGACUCGGUGGCGUCGUGUACCCCAUCCUCAUCCGCGAGCUGUGCGCGAAGCUUGCUUUCCGAGACGCCAUGCUCACUGUCGCUGGCUUCAACCUCGUUCUCAUGAUCCCCGCAUGUUUCUGGAUGAAGACGAGGCUGCCACCACGCGACCCGCCGCCUAUCUCGGCGCUCGCCAAGCCCUGGAAGGAGCCCCGUUACACCUUCCUCGUGCUCGGCGCGUGCGUGAUUGCUAUCAACUUCUUCACGCCAUACUUCAACGCACCGGUGUACACGGCCGCCUCGCACGCCAGCCCAAACGUGACGGCCUACUCGAUUGCCAUCAUACAGGCGGGCAGCUUCAUCGGGCGUGUGUCGUCCGGCUUCCUCGCGGACCGCUUCGGCGUGUGGACGGUCUUCGGCACGGCGGGCUUUUCAUCCUCCAUCUCCGUCUUCGCGCUGUGGACCGCAAACGUCGCCACUGCAGGCUCGGUGAUCGGGUUGCUGGUAUACGGUGCCGCGUCCGGGGCGUGGAUCACGCUGGUGGCGGCGUGUGUGGCGUCCAUCUCGCCGACAUGCGAGAUUGGCAUGCGCCUCGGCAUGCUGUGGUCGGCGAUCGCGCUGCCGAUCCUCCCUGGCCCUGUGGUGAGCGGCAAGCUUAUCACGGCGGCCGGCGGCAAGUUCACCCUCGCGGCGGCGUUCGUGGGUUCGACCCUGCUCCUCGGCGCCGCGCUGUGUGUUGGGCCAGCGGUGUACGGUCGUUUAUUUGCGAGGGGGGAAGAGAGCCAGGAGGCCGACGCGGCGUCCGAGGAGACGGUUGUGGGUGACGAGGGGACGGCCCAGCAGGAAUCAAAGAAGGCUGAGGCGUAAUGGACGGGGUUGAAGCAUCGCAUAGUCAUAGCAUAGCAUACCACAUCUUAGAACCACAUAGACUGUUGUACGACGAACAUGGCACACAUUGACAAGCAGAAGUGUUUCACAAGUCUCUCGGUAGCUGGAGACGGCAAUCUCGGGUUGCGGCUUCCGGUCGGAGAUCCGCGUGAAGCGUCGAGCAAGCCAGCUGAUCCGCGGAAUGUCGAUGGCAUGAACA